GGAGACUUGCCCCUGGGCGCGCAGCGCAAUCCUGGCACGCAGCCGGCCUGCCAGGCUGACCUGACGCGGUGCAGGAAGCAGCCAGGGGCGGUUGCAGGCGGUGCCGCGUGCGGGGGCCACGGGCGUCUACACUGCGACAGCUGGCGUGACUCGGCGCUG